AACGGUUCUCUAGCAAGACACAAGAUCGUUUUUUUUCUUCUUCUCGGACACACUGGUGCUGUUCGCGAGUCUCGGCACGACGAGAAACAAUGAAGAAAGAUGCUCUAAUCUCUGAUAGCGAGCUGAAGAUGAGAAGAGCGAGACUUUAGACAGAGCUUUUGAAUUCGGAGCGUUCGGCCGGAAAGGUUAUAAAUUCGACUCACGUUGCCUGAAGGACUGCUAUUGUUUGCUGAAGUGAAUGUUAGUAUUUGUCAAGUUCAUUCAGACGUUGCUCAACCCUGGACAUCAUGUCCUAAAAGACAUGAUUUCACCCGCUUCCUGGACUUCAUUGACCUGUCACGGAUUUUAGAGUCACACAGUUUUAUCGGCGACACACAAGGAAUCCUGGGAAACGUCGUCGGGCCGUGAUCUAAGAAAAAAAUUAGGAUCCUGGAAUAUCUAAGGAAGGUAGUGAUGGGAAACGCGGUCGGCGGUUUGGAACAGCCCGAGGGCACGGAGGACAGGGGGAACCCCACGCUGGGCACCAUCAAGAAGAAAACGGCGCCUCCCAAACUGCCCAUGCCUCCUGAGGACGAGCUGGAGGAGCGCUUCAACGUGGUGCUGAGCUCCAUGAACCUGCCUCCUGAUAAGAUGACACUUCUGAGUCAAUAUGAUAAUGAGAAAAAAUGGGAACUGGUCUGCGAUCAGGAGCGUUUCCAGGUGAAGAACCCUCCAUCUGCAUAUCUAAAUAAGAUCAAGAGCUUCUACCAGGACCAGGGAGGAGUGACACGCAGGUUUAAAAAGCGUAUUCAGGAGUCCACCCAGGUCCUGAGAGAGCUGGAGAUCUCCUUGAGGACCAAUCACAUUGGAUGGGCUCAGGAGUUUCUGAAUGAAGAGAACCAGGGUUUGGAUGUGCUGGUGGAUUAUCUGUCCUAUGCUCAGAGUGAUGCACAGUUUGAGGUGGAGUCAAUGGAGAAUGGAGGUUCUGUUUCAGACAACAGGAAGUUGUCUGAGAGAUCCAUGGAGGAUAUAACCAAAAACACCACAAUCUCAGCCACGCAAGGCAUGACCCGGGCUGCUCGUGCUUUCACCGUCCGUCUGUCGAAUCUGGCACAAGGCAGAAAAUCUCUGAGAACUCGUUUAAGCCAAAGAGAUGACGUCCAUGUUUGCAUUAUGUGUCUGCGAGCUAUUAUGAACUAUCAGUCUGGCUUCAACCUGGUGAUGAGCCACCCUCACUGUGUGAACGAAAUUACGCUCAGCCUGAACAACCGGAACCCCAGGACAAAAGCCCUUGUGUUGGAGCUGCUGGCUGCUGUGUGCCUGGUUAGAGGUGGACAUGACAUCAUCAUCUCAGCCUUUAACAACUUUAAGGAAGUGAGUGGAGAGAAGAACAGGUUUGAGAAGCUAAUGGAGUAUUUCAGCAGUGACGACAGCAACAUUGACUUCAUGGUGGCCUGUAUGCAGUUCAUAAACAUUGUGGUUCAUUCGGUGGAAAACAUGAACUUCCGUGUGCACCUUCAGUACGAAUUCACACAGCUUGGCCUCGAUCAGUAUUUAGAGUCUCUGAAGCUGACUGAGAGCGAGAAUUUACAGGUUCAGAUCCAGGCGUAUCUGGAUAACGUGUUUGAUGUAGGUGCUUUGCUCGAGGAUGCAGAGAACAAAGGAGGACUAGUAGAACAUUUGGAGGAGUUAGAGGAACUUAACUCUCAGCUGAGUGCUAAGCUACAGUUGUAUGAGAAUGGAGCAAUAGAGAAAGUGGCUGAACUCGAGCAGCAGCUCAUGCAGGUCACCAAAGAGGCAGCAAUACUGAAGGAGAGCUUGCGUGAGUCGUGCUCUCAGGUCAGCACCUUGCAGCAGCGUGAGCGCGAGAGAGAGAUCCAGAGAGAGCGAGAAAAGGAGCAGGAGCGGAUAUCUCAACCUUCUCAGCAAGUGAGAGAGAAGGGCAGAGACACUGAUGAGCAGAAGGACGAUCUGGAGGUGAAACUGAGAGAGCUACAGGACAAAGGAUUGGUGCGACUUGAGAGGACAGCUUCGGGAUCCCUGAACAUCGAGGUCAUCCCUGUGACGGUGGUGCAGACCGUCGUCACGGGCGUCACUGAACCAGACUCAGCACCUGCUCCUUCAGCAGCUCCGCCCCCUCCACCUCCACCUCCUCCACUACCUGGUGAAGAAAUUUCAACUGCCGCUUCUUUUGUGCCUCCACCCCCACCACCGCCUCCUCCUCUUCCAGGCUGUGAAAUUCCACCUCCACCACCUCCUCCUCCUCCUCCAGGUUGUGGAAUUCCACCUCCUCCCCCACCCCCUCCUGGGUGUGGCCCGCCUCCUCCUCCAGGAGCUCCUCCUGCCCCAGGGGCUGAAACAGUGAAAAGCAAGAAGACGAUCCAGACAAAGUUCCGCAUGCCGCAGCUCAACUGGCAGGCUCUAAAACCCAACCAGGUGGAAGGAACGGUGUUUAAAGAGCUGGAUGAUGAAAAAGUGUUACAGGAGUUUAACAUGGACAUCUUUGCGGAGCAGUUUAAGACGAAGGCUCAGGCUCCUCCAACUGAUAUCUCCAAGCUGAAGGUGAAGGCUCAAAAAUCUACCACUAAAGUUUCUCUUCUGGAGGCCAACAAGGCCAAGAACCUCGCCAUCACUCUGCGUAAAGCAGGCAUGAGUCCUGCUGAUAUCUGCACCGCCAUCCAGAAUUACGAUCAGCAGGCCCUCAGCCUGGACUUCCUAGAGCUCCUCGAGCGCUUUAUCCCGUCUGAUUAUGAGACGAAGCUGCUGCAGAACUAUGUGAAGGAGGGACGUCCCCUGGAGGACUUGUCCGAGGAGGACCGCUUUAUGAUGAGCUUCAGUAAAAUCCCUCGCCUCGCCCAGCGAAUCAGCACACUCACUUUCAUGGGCAACUUCUCCGACAUGGUCAAACGCCUGCAGCCGCAACUGAACUCCGUUAUCGCGGCCUCCAUUUCCCUGAAGUCCUCCACCAAGCUGAAGAAGAUCUUAGAGAUCAUCCUGGCUUUCGGGAACUACAUGAACAGCAGCAAGAGAGGAGCGGCUUACGGUUUCCGUUUGCAGAGUCUCGAUCUGCUGUUAGACACCAAGUCCACAGAUCGCUCUCAGACUCUGCUGCACUUCAUGGCUAACAUGGUGCAGGAGAAAUAUCCUGAGCUGGCCUCCUUCCACAGCGAGCUGCACUUCAUUGACAAGGCUGCUCUGGUGUCUCUGGAUGGCGUGCUGCAGGAUGUGCGCUCGUUAGAGAGAGGGAUGGAGGGAACCAAGAAGGAGUUCAUGGUGCAGGAUGACAUCACGGCACUCAAGGAGUUUGUUAAGGUCAACAGCGCACUGCUGGACUCGCUCGUCAAAGACGGCAAGACGGCACAGGAGGCGUAUCUUUCCGUAGUGGAGUAUUUCGGGGAGAACCCCAAGACCACCCAGCCCUCCAUGUUCUUCCCCCUGUUUGUCCGAUUCGUUAAAGCCUACAAGCAAGCGGAGCAGGAGAACAUGCAGAGGAAAAAGCAGCAGAUGGCAGCUGAAGAGCAGAUCACGCCCACGCCCAAAAAGCAAGACGGCACGCCGCAGAAGGGUCCCAUGAUGCCCAAGAUGCCUCAGAUGGAUCUGAUAGCGGAGCUGAAGAAGAGGCAGGUGAAGCCGCAGGUCACCGAUGGAGCCAUCGAAGGAAUCAUUACAGAAAUGAGAAAUUCUCCAUACCGGCGAACAGACGGUAGAAGACCGGCACAGCGGCAAGAAAACUAACCCCAGUGUUAUUCAUGUUCACACGAGGAAACCAGAACGUCCUCGGUGUUCAUCUAACCAGUGUUAUUAGUAUUAGGCUUAUUUUGUUACCAAAGACACAUACAUACAACAAAUCUUUAAAUAUCACCACACACAUAUGGUGCACUCAUAUUUACAAACAAAUUUACACACUAACAGAGACAUCACACACACACACACACACACACACACACACACACACACACACACACACUUUCUGAUUUAUGAUUUAAAAGUUUUUAACAGCUGUAUAUAAAUACUUAUGAACCAUUUUAUAUCAUCCACUGUGCCAUGUUCGAAUUUAAUAGUUAGUGUCUCUUGUUAUGUAAAAAUGAAAGUGUUUUUUAAAAAAAAAGAAAGAAAGAAAUAAAGAUCACGGUAACAGAACACAAACUCAGACAUGAAUGUCUAUUUUAAACCAUUGAAAAUGUAUGUUUAAUAAAAUCUUUUUGGUUUCAAA